AACGCAAGCUACUACAGUCAAAAAUACUUGGAAGUGGAAAAUGUUGGUCAACGUUACAGUAUAGCCAAGCCAUAUAAAUAAGUUGGCACUUUAUGUAAAACUGUAUGAGUAGAACAAGAUAAAUAUUUGCAAAGCCACAGUUGUCCCAGGGAAGUUCAUAUUUUUGUAAACCACAAUUUACAACAUUUUGAUCGCGAACAGGAGACUUCGGGAAGGCUGUAUUGCUAGCCAGAUUGGUGGCUAGCUAUCAAGUGUCUUAGCUAAUGUUUUACAACUGAACUGUUGACUCUGCCUCGCAGUAAUGUCAGCAUCUGCCAAGAGCGCAUCACACCUCCAGCAGCGGGUCAGACGUAGCGAGGGGUCUCCAACCGCCCCAUCCGGCACCAACACCAGCAACAGCACGGCUCGCCUGCUGCCCGUCCGCGCCACCGUGCCGUACCAGCUCUUGCGUGGAAGCCAGAGCCCAGCCCGCUCUCCCUCCUCCUUCUCAGUCGGUAGCAACACGGAACCGACGACAUCCAGCAGCUCCGGUCCCGCAAGCCCGACGCAGUUGCUGGCGAGCCCGGGAGGGAGCGGAUCGGUGGAAGCGAGGCUGAUCGUCGGACAGAGACGGUCGCCGCCUGACAGCCAGAGCUCACCUGAGCGGAGUCCCAACUCACCCGUGAGCAGAGUGGACAGGUGUAAGCCUCAGCAGGUGGGCGGCUCCGGCUCUAUCCGUCGUACCUCGUCUCUGGGUGCGAUCACAGGGCCCUACCUGACGGGCCAGUGGCCCCGGGAUCCCCAGCUGCUCCUCCCUUUCUGCACCCGAGACAAAGCCACACAGACUCCUGGAUGCUGGGCUGAGGAAGGAGGGGGAAAGAGGAAAGCACACCGCCGCUCGGCAUCGUGGGGCAGCGCUGACCAGCUCAAAGAGCAGAUCGCCAAACUCCGGCAGCAGCUGCACCGCAGUAAACAGGGCUGCCGACACAGUAAGGAGAAGGAGCUUCUCUCUCCCCAGCAGGGGGCGCACUUCACCACGGCCAGCCAACCGCAGGCGUCCAUGUCGAAGCCCGGGCAGAUGCCGCUGUCCAACAUGACAGUGCCCAAGGCCACCAUCUCCAGAGUUCCCAGCAGCAUGGAGGGCAUCAACCACGAGCUGGAGAAGGUGUUCAUCAGAGACUGCACCUCCGAGAGGGAGGAGCUCAAGGCUCUGGAGGUGCCGGACGGCCGGCGUGCCCCGUUCCCCCCGCAGCAGCGUAGCAGCAGCUCCCACAGUGUGGACACGCAGACGCCCUCCGCCCCCGGCCGCUCCAGCAGCUGCUCCAGCCUCUCGCCCUGCCCCUCCCCCGCCUGCCCCCCCGGCUCCCGCGACGACAGCCCCUACUACGCUGAGGACAAAGACAGCGAGAACAGUUCUCCUCUGCCCAAGCUGGCCUCCUCCCCCAAACCCAACAACAGCUACAUGUUCAAGCGAGAGCCUCCGGAGGGCUGUGAGAGGAUCAAGGUCUUCGAGGAGAUGGCGUCUCGGCAGUCUGGCUCCACCCCCCUCUUCUCCUGCCCCGACAAAAACAAGGUGAACUUCAUCCCCACUGGCUCCGCCUUCUGUCCCGUCAAGCUCCCGGGCCCCUCGCUCUCCGCCACGACCUCUGACCCUGACGACCCCGACGACCCGGACGCCGCCGCCGGCCCCAGCUCCGCCCCCCCAGGCAUGGUCAGAUUCGCCCGGCCCUUCCCCCCCGUGACUCAGGUCUCCACCAGCACCAGCACAGACCCCCCCGAGGCGCCCGCAACACCACCCGGCCAGCACCAGGGGGCAGCAUUGGACCUGCUGUACCCAUCGCAGAACUCUGACGUCAGCUAGUGUCCAGCUCGGCCACACCCCCACCCACACCACACGCACGCACACUCAUACACACACACACACACUCAUACACACAAAC